AUGCCACCAGUACGAUCGAACGUACCUACGUCAAUUGGUGAGUCCAAAACCAAUACGUGUUGGGCUCAGUGUCCAUACUCGUAUCCUAUCGAGUGCGGGCUUGAGUGCAUUCGGCAAAACGAUGAUUGCGCGAUGGAAGUCGUCUAUAAGGUGAUCACAGUGGCCCAGACGGCUCUCUCCUUGGCCACGUUGAAUGUGUUUGGCAACUUCCAAAAGCUGGCCAAUGAAUAUCACCUUGGACGAUACAGUAAACUCGCUGAGCGAGGACGAUAUCACAAUGUGAUAAUCACAUCGCUGAAAUCCGCGAAGGAGUCGAACUCCAUGUGCGGGUAUGAUAUGAAGCGUUUGUUGGAUCGUACGUGGAUGACAGUGGCGGAGUAUCGUAAGCACAAUCCGGGAAUUUCCGAAGACGACAUUCGAGUGGCCAUCAGCAGAUCAAAUCUCAUGUUGAACGACAUUCCUAUUGCAACGAAAAACUGCAUGAAUGAAUUACUCGCUCAAACAGAUGAGAAGACAGCUUACGAAAGACGAGAUACUCUACGCAAAACCUUUGGUGGUAUUGUGGACGACUUGAUCAGUUCAGGAACCAGCAGCAACGGCACUUAUCUCAGUGCUGAGGAGUACACGUUCAUUGUAGCCGACAAAGCCCUGGCAUUGUAUGCAAUUUGGGAUGUCUGGGGAGUCGGUGGUGUUGUUUCCGAGUACUUUCAGCCCAUUUGUGGUCCCACCGAGCUCAUUGGAGAGAUUGAUGACGGGUCAGUGGAUAAAUCACUAGGUAUGUCGAUCGUGCAGGGUGCUUUUAAUGGCAGCACAGGUAUGUGGGUCAAGGAUAGCGAUGGUACGGUCAGUAUCACGUUCAAGAGCGUCGACACCAAAGAUGUGACUGUAAACAUCAAAUUAAGUGGUGACAAGGUUGCUGAAGUGCCAGUCCUGGCAGGGAAGACUGUGACGUGGAAGUCGAAUGUGACGACGUUGGGAGGGGAAACACUGUAUCUGGAUCGAUGGCGUCCGGGUUUUCUGGGACUCCGUGGAACGGGGCGGCGGCUCCUUGUUGUUGUGGGUUCCUCGGUCCACAAUAGGUAGUCUGGAUCUAACUGCGGUACUCAAUGCGACUUGAGCUAAAACAAUGACGCUAUGGUGCUGCGUGUAGCGACAACAAAAUUUGAAC